UCGGGCUGAUAACGGCGGCUAUCAGAACUUACCUGAUGCAGCAAAGAAUAGUCGGAUUCCGACCUUGCUAUAGUAAUAAGACAAGGCAAUGCCGGGGUUGGCCAGAAAAUUGUGGAUUUUUGCUGCUGUGGAUGGGCUUAUUCUUCAGUCUUACCCAUCAACACAGCGCGGUGCUUCGAGCAACCCAUCCACUGCGCUCCAGAUUGAAUACAAAACUCGCCGUAUAUACUCCCCGCCCUCUACCUCGAGCGCUGAUGACGCUUGCUUAGAGUCUCACGGGGUAAUUGGCCUUCUCUCACUCGCGUCAUUCUCCUUCUUAAUAUCCAUUACCCAGCGACAGCAGGUGGCUCAGAUCCUUGGAAAACCUAUUUUUGCCAUUACAGGUGUAGCUAUCAUUCCUCUUUCCUCUCAAGCUGAGGCGACCAAAGCGAUCAAUCAGGCACAAGCCCAGGUAGCUUCCAAAAGGGAUAAAGAUGCGAACGAUGAUGUCGAAGCCCAGUUUUCGGAGAGCGAGACCGACCCGUCCACUGGCCGCAGUAGCGACGAUAUAGAGCUAGAAGCCCCGGAUUCAAUAGACCGGGAAAUAUACCCGCCGUUGGGCAGUAGGGGUAGGAAAGGAAGCACUAUUGCUGAGGACGUCAUUGAAAAGCGAGGACGGUAUGGGAGGUUCACGUCCCGUUGGUUUUCGAAAAAUGGAUGGCCGGGAGAGAAUAACCGGCCCGAUGGAAGUGGAUUUGAAGGGGUAAUCGAUCCUGCAGCAGAAGGGUCCGUCAAAGGAAGAAAGAGCGGGGAUUAUAAACACGAAGUUCUAGAGCUCGACGACCUCUCCUCUACCGGGCAGAAAGCUUCUUCUGCUCCGCAAGAAAUAGACACUCCAGUAGCCGGAACGGCAACGUACGAACUAAUGCCGAAGUUUCUACGGUAUACGAAGCUAUUUUUCAGUUCGCGCAGUUUUUAUUUUUCGUAUGAUUACGACAUCACUCGGAAAUUUGGUGUCCAUGACCCUCAAACCACGCCAGUGCCGUUACAUAGAAUGGCGGAUCCCGUAUAUUUCUGGAAUAGAUAUUUGAUGACCCCUUUUAUUGAAAGCGGGCAUCAUUCACUGGUCCUUCCGCUGAUACAGGGGUUUGUUGGACAGAAGGAAUUCACUGUCACGAAGUCCACGAAAUCUCCAGUCGCUCAAGGCGCCACGAUUACCCCAGAAGUGGAAAUAGCUACCAAUACACCGGAUACACCUACUACAGAAAAUGAAGACGAAGGCAAAUUUCUUCUCACUUUAAUUUCACGUCGGUCCGUUAAACGCCCGGGACUUCGAUAUCUUCGACGAGGAAUAGACGACGAAGGCAAUGUCGCAAACUCCGUUGAGACGGAGCAAAUCGUAUCUAGGCCGUCGUGGAACCGCUCAGACAAGGUGUAUUCUCUUCUCCAGAUUCGCGGGUCAAUGCCUCUUUAUUUUUCCCAGUCUCCUUAUUACUUCAAACCCGUACCUGUGCUUCGCCACUCCAUCGAAACAAAUCAAGUGUCGUUCGCUCGGCACUUCCGUGACCUUAGCAGGCGGUAUGGCGAAAUUCAAGCCAUCUGCCUCCUAGAUAAGCAUGGUGUAGAAGUUAAAAUUGGGGAGACAUACCAAAGUUUCGUGGACACUUAUAAUAACCGCGACAAUGCGGACUCUGCUAAAAUUGGAUUCGACUGGUUUGACUUCCAUGCGGAAUGCCGGGGAAUGAAGUUCGAGAACGUCCAGCGCCUAGUUGAUUCAAUCUCGGGAACACUAGAUCGUUUUGGCAAUUCUGUCAUACAGGACAAUACUGUGUUGAAAAACCAGUCUGGCAUUGUCAGGACAAAUUGUAUGGACUGUCUGGACCGUACUGGUGUUGCACAAUGUGCGUUUGGACAACGAGCAUUAGAGAAGCAGCUCGAAAGCGAAGGAUACUCUAUCGACCUACGGAACAGCACAUCUACGCAGUGGUUCAACGUGCUGUGGGCGGACAACGGGGAUGCCAUCUCGAAACAGUACUCCUCAACGGCUGCCCUUAAAGGCGAUUAUACCAGAACAAGAAAACGAGAUGUUCGCGGAGCGCUCAAUGACCUCGGACUAACCCUAUCGCGCUACUUCAACAAUAUAGUCAAUGAUUACUUCUCCCAGGCUUGUAUCGACUACCUUCUCGGCAUUGUUACUACCCGUGUUUUCGACGAGUUCGAGAUGAACCUCAUGUCUGCUGAUCCGGGGAUUUCUCUCGAGAAGGUACGGCAGCACGCCAUCGACACCAGCUGCCAAAUCGUGAUCAGCGAUGAAUCCGAGGAGCUCGUGGGAGGCUGGACAGUUUCCAGUCCCCACGAGCCCAAUACAUUACGCUCAUUACCAUUCGAACAGUCCGUUCUUUUGCUAACAAAUGCUGCCGUCUACUGCUGCCGUUUCAACUGGGAUACGGACAAAGUUACUUCCUUCGAGCGCGUCGACCUUCGCUCCAUCACCAGCAUCAAUUACGGCACUUACAUCACCUCGACCCUCACUGAUGUCCAAAUGGAACCCAAACACAAUGUCGGAGUCGUAGUAACUUACCAACCGGCCGCGACAAAUACAAUGCGCGUAAACACGCACUCCCUCCAAAGCCUCUUGGAUCAGAUAUCACAAUCCUCCUCCUCCUCAGAACCUCCCCCUAACAAUACUUCGACUUCGACCUCGACCUCAACCACAGGUCCGGAUUGGGACAUCUCCUCUCUGUUCAAACCAGGCGAGAGUGGCAGUAAACGCCCCGUCUCGCGCUUCAUGGCGUUCAAGAUCCUCCCCCAGACCAACAUGACCGCCAGAAACGCCCUUGACAAUGUGCAGGUUAGCGAAAGGGACGCUGCGCGUGCUCUCUGUGAAGAGAUUGAGCGCACUGUUAUGCGGGGCGCGUCAGAUAAAAGUGGUGCUGCCAGCACUGGUGGUUCAAGACACGUUGACAGACAUUCGAUGGUUGAGGAGGUGGAGAUCAUUUCUGUGGCUGAUGCGAAAAAGCGGACUGGGUAUUUGGAGCAUUUGAUGUUUGAUAUUAAGAAGUUAGUGUGGGCUUGAGAAUAUUCGGGGGACUUUGUCUUCGGCUUUUUGUCUCUCCUCCUAGGUUGGAAGUGGAACGAUAAGGUGUUAGGGGGGGAGAUUCCCCAUUUCGUUUUCGUUUUUAUUUCGUUGUAGCUAAUCUUGUCCUACUUUGAGCAUUUUUUGCUUGCCGCUGGUUGCUUGCGUUGCAUCACACAGGUUGAUACCCAGGUGAGAAUUGUUUCGGCUUCCCUUCAUAAACAUACACAUACACAUCAUACACUACACCGUGGAAGAACAUCGGAUCAUAAAUAAUAAACUCAGUUUCAUAUUAUGAAAUUCCAGGGGGUUA